UUCUACACCUAGCUUAACUGUUCCUGUACCUCUUCCCCUAUAUCAUCUGCAUUACUGCAGAUCGACAAGAGAGAAAUGGGAGCGCGCUGCCUCGCACUGCUCGUCCUCCAUAGCACGCUGCUGCUGUUGCUGCUGCAGCUGCCACACCUGCCGCUCGCCGGCGCGGCGACGAGAUACUACACCUUCAAUGUGAAGCUUCAGAACGUGACACGGCUGUGCAACACCCGGGCCAUCCCGAUGGUGAACGGCAAGUUCCCCGGCCCGAAAAUCGUCACCAGGGAGGGCGACCGCGUCGUCGUCAAGGUGGUCAACAGCAUCAAGGACAACAUCACCAUCCACUGGCACGGGGUGAGGCAGAUGCAGACGGGGUGGUCGGACGGGCCGGCGUACGUGACGCAGUGCCCGAUCCAGACGGGGCAGAGCUACGUGUACAACUUCACCAUCGCCGGGCAGAGGGGCACCCUGUUCUGGCACGCGCACGUCUCCUGGAUGCGAUCCACGCUCUACGGCCCCAUCGUCAUCCUGCCCAGGGCCGGCCUGCCCUGCCCCUUCCCCAAACCACACAAGGACGUGCCCAUCAUCUUCGGAGAGUGGUUUAAUGCGGACCCGGAGGCGAUCAUCGCGCAGGCGCUCCAGACCGGAGGAGGGCCGAACGUGUCCGACGCGUUCACCAUCAACGGGCUUCCCGGUCCAUUGUAUAACUGCUCAACUAAAGACACGUUCCGGCUCAAGGUGCGUCCCGGGGAGACGUAUUUGCUCCGGCUGAUCAACGCUGCGCUCAACGACGAGCUCUUCUUCUCGAUCGCCAACCACACGCUCACCGUCGUUGACGUGGACGCCUCCUACGUCAAGCCGUUCGACACGGACGUGGUGCUGAUCACGCCGGGGCAGACCACCAACGUGCUGCUCCGCGCCAAGCCGGACGAGGGCUGCCCGCCGGCCACGCACCUCAUGCUGGCGCGCCCCUACGCCACUGGGCGCCCCGGCACCUUCGACAACACCACCGUCGCCGCCGUCCUCGAGUACGCGCCGCCGGGCCACAUCAAGAGCCACCCGCUCUUCCGCCCGUCGCUGCCGGUGCUAAACGACACGGCCUUCGCCACCAGCUUCGCCGCCAAGCUCCGCAGCCUGGCCAGCCCGGACUACCCGGCCAACGUGCCGCGGCGCGUCGACAAGCCAUUCUUCUUCACCGUGGGGCUCGGCACCACCCCGUGCCCGGGAAACCAGACGUGCCAGGGCCCAACCAACACAACCAAGUUCACGGCGGCCAUGAACAACGUGUCCUUCGACAUGCCCACCACGGCGCUCCUGCAGGCGCACUACUCCGCCAACUCGGCCGGCGUGUACACCGCCGACUUCCCCGCCGUGCCGCUGGAGCCGUUCAACUACACGGGCACGCCGCCCAACAACACCAACGUGUCGAACGGGACCAAGGUGGCGGUGCUGCCGUACAACGCGAGCGUGGAGGUGGUGCUGCAGGACACCAGCAUCCUGGGCGCCGAGAGCCACCCGCUGCACCUCCACGGCUUCGACUUCUUCGUCGUCGGCCAGGGCACCGGCAACUACGACCCCUCCAAGCACCCCGCGGAGUUCAACCUGGUCGACCCGGUGCAGAGGAACACGGUCGGCGUGCCGGCCGGAGGCUGGGUCGCCAUCAGAUUCUUCGCGGACAAUCCUGGUGUCUGGUUCAUGCAUUGUCACCUGGAGGUGCACACUAGCUGGGGGUUGAAGAUGGCAUGGGUGGUCAACGACGGCCCAUUGCCUGAACAGAAGCUGAUGCCUCCGCCGUCCGAUCUUCCCAAGUGCUAGAGAUCGAUCUACCGUUGACAUUGACCGAGGCUGUGAUUCGUUUCUCCCGUUUGGUUUGCUGCGCUUAAUUAUUUGUCGAUGGAUAAUGCCGUACGUACAUACAGCGCGCCAGGAUUGAGGUCUUGUACGUUUUCCAUUCUUCCAAAUGUUAAAAGAGGGUUGUUUAUUCUUGUAAGGGGUUGCCAUUGCUUUCUUUUAUUUCUUCAAAGUAAUUUAGUUCGAAGAUUUGGGGGUCCAGAUCCCCUAAAGUUGGCUGUAACUCCACCGGGUAGAUUUGGUUUAAUCUAUGUCAUCUAUUGUAGCAAGCUUAAUUUCAA